AUAUUUGGCUGUGAGUUUGGAUUCUUCUACAAUGGCAUCUGAAGCACAAUGUUCACUCGCUUGUAUAAAAAUUACUUUAGUGCUUUUUGGUAGUAGUUUAAUUUAUAUAUUAUGGAAGAAAGGUUGGUGGGUAGAUUCUGUUACUGCAUUAAUAUUUAGUACUUUUUUUUCAAAAGAAGGGAUUGAAAUGAUCUAUUGGGCUAAUAGCGAAAGGUUUGAUGGUGGAUGUAAUGCCAAUGUUGUCAAGAAGGUACAAGAUGAUGUUAAUAGUGAUGAUGACUCAAAUGGGACUGAGGGUGGACAAAUUCAUGUGAUUGGUGAAAUUGAGGUUGAACCAGUUGUUGAAAAAAUGCGCCAGGAAGAAACAAGAAGUGUUGAAACAAAGUGGUGGGGAAAUAAUGGUACGGAUGUAGCAUUGGAAAAUGGUACUGGAAAUUUUGUAAAAAAUGACUAUGAAAAUUUUACUGUCGUG